GACUACAUUUUUUUAACACGUUGAUGUCCGACAGUGCGAGUCAGCGCGGGACGAAUUUUACCAUCGCAAGCUGAAUCAGUAUGCCGAGUUUCAAGUUGCUCGUGAAGAAUGCCAAACAGGUAGUUCAGGUUUGUGAUGGAGGUGAGACGUGCCUCAUUGGAGACAGCAUGAAGAGUCUGGCCCUUAUACAGCAGAACAACGAAGAUGGAGUGGAUAUUGUAGUUGGAAGAGAUGGCACCAUUGUUGCAGUUGAUCACAGCAGUGAGAUUCAGAAGAAGUAUGGCGCAUGUGAAUUUGAUCAGACACUGGAUGCUACUAAUAUGUGUGUUAUUCCAGGAUUGAUUGAUGGCCAUACGCAUCCUGUGUGGGCUGGAGACAGAGUUCAUGAAUUUUCAAUGAAGCUAGCUGGUGCUUCCUAUAUGGAUGUGCAUAAGGCAGGUGGCGGAAUACACUUCACAGUCAACCACACACGGAACGCCACAGAGGACGACCUCUAUGACCUGCUGAGAGCCAGGUUACAGAGCAUGUUGAGAUGUGGGACCACGACCGUAGAGUGUAAGAGUGGGUAUGGUCUGGAUGCAGAGACAGAGAUCAAGAUGCUGAGGGUGUUAGAGCGAGCAAAGAGAGAGCUUCCUAUUGAGAUAUCAAGCACCUACUGUGGAGCACAUGCUGUUCCAAAAGGAAUGACAGUGAAGGAGGCUACCCUGGAUGUCAUCGAGGUCCAGCUCCCCAGGAUCCAGGACCUGAUGAGCAAGGGGGAGCUGCAGGUGGAGAACAUUGAUGUCUUCUGUGACAAGGGUCUGUUUGAGACAGAGGAAACCAAGAGUAUCCUGGAGGCUGGUGUCAGGGCGGGGCUGGCCAUCAAUAUCCAUGGAGACGAGCUCCACUAUGUCAAGGCUGCUGAGCUCGCAGCCAGUCUUGGUGCCCGAGCCGUCUCUCAUCUGGAGGAGGUCUCUGAUGCUGGUAUCAAGGCCAUGGCUGAGGCAGGCUCUGUGGCUGUCCUCUUGCCAACCACUGCCUAUAUCCUCAGACUGAAGACACCUCCAGCAAGGCAGAUGAUCAGUGAGGGAGUGGCCGUAGCGCUAGGCUCCGAUUUCAACCCCAAUGCAUAUUGCCUGUCCAUGCCUUUAACCAUGCACAUGGCCUGUGUGACAUUUCGUAUGUCAUUGGAAGAGGUUCUAGCGGCUGCUACCAUCAAUGCAGCCAAGUCCAUCGGGAGGGCAGCAACCCAUGGGUCAUUGGAGGUCAGAAAGGUUGCUGACAUGCUUAUCAUCAAUGCUCCAAGAUGGGAGCACUUUAUCUAUCAGAUGGGAUGUCAUCAAGAGCUGCUCAAGAUGGUGAUCAAGAGAGGAGAAAUUGUCCAUUCCAGUCAGCUCUAGCCACCUACCACUAAGCUCUCUCUACCAUAUCAGCCCAACAACAUAAACUUUACCAAGACCAGAAUUUGACAGAAAUUGCAUUUUGGUAUCAAUUUGUAAUGAUAAUAAGAAGAGACCACUUCAGAAAUAGCACCUGUACAAAUAUCCACAGAUCUUUGAAACAUGGAGAAGUCCCAGUUUGUUCAUUUUAGAAUAAUCACUGUCAAAGGGAAUGAGGUGCAUCAUGAAUAUAUUUUGUUUAACCUCCUGAAAAAAUACUUCAUGCAAUGUCUGCCAAAGUAUUGAUUCAUAAACAGCUCGGUCUUCAGAUUUUAGUGGUCAACAUCAGUGGCCAUUGUCAAUUCAAGAGGGUGGUGAGGUGGGGAAGUAGAAGAUGGAAAGACAUCUUUAGGGAGAGUUGAAAAUGACUUAGGCGUCAGGCUGAAUUUGACAAAGAGUAUGAAUUUUCAAAAGGAAGUUGAGUAAUAUUGUAUAUUUGAUGGUUAUAUGGUGUAGAUUGUGUUGAUGUAUAUAAAGUAGUUAUAAUCAAUGAUCAUAAUUGUAUGAAUCAAAUGAUCUUGUCAACUUCUCUUGAAUGUGAGAACAACAACAAAUCAUUUCAUUUCAUUAUUGUGAGAACAAUCUAGUUCCGAGAGGAUACCCUAAGUGCCUUUCCAGCUAUUUUUAUUCAAAUGAAUCAGUAUUGAAAAAUUACACAUUUUGUACUGCCAAUCUAUUCAUUUUUGCACUGAAAUAUGUAAGAUACCUAUAUUUAUGCAUCAUAUCACAUCUUGCUAUCAAAUUAAGUGGAUAGUUUUCGCGAUCACAUUUUUUUAGAAACAUACAUGUAUAUAGACGAUAAAAGUAUUCUUGUAGACAUUUUUAGAAAGAUUUUUAUCUCACAAAAUGAAGAAUCAUUCCAAAUUUAUUAAAAAAAAAAAAAAAACAGAUAUGAAUUGUUUUGCUGUUGGUGAUACUUUAUAUGUCUGUACACCAUUACCGGUACAUGUAUUUUGAAUGAAGAAUCAAGCAUGUUAUUUACAUUCCAUUGAUAAUCUGUCCCUCACUGUGCAAGGUAAUUUUAUUUGUGUGUGCCUGAACAUCAAGGUUUUAACAUAAACCACCAACCCUUCAGAAAAAUUCUCCAAUCAUGAAGCGACAUGAAGCGACAUGAACCUCUGCUAAUUGGUCAGUUGUAGAUGGUGUAAAUCCCAGUUCUAUAUUUUGAGUAACACGACUGGUGUGAAUUUGUUCUAUUUUGGCCUAUUGCAGAUAUCUUUGAUUUUCAAUAAAAUUCUUGCCUAGAAUACAUCCGUCUUCAUUCAUA